AUGACACAUUUACUUGAACAAGUCAAGUCAAUAGCGUCUCAACCACCAAUUGAUGACGUUGAAUUGCCUCAUUUAUAUGGUGAUGAAGAUCACCAUCAUAGAGAAAGAAAAUCACAUGACUUCCGUGAUGAACAAUUCAGUAAUGCAGGAAGUAAUAGCUACAAUAACAUCUAUGUUCCUGCUUAUGAAGAACGUGAAGUUACUGUUUUAGAAUGGUUAAAAGUUCUUUUCGCUAAUCCAUUACGUCAGGCUACUGAAUACUUACUUUCAUUAUUUCCAAUCCUUAAAUGGAUUAUGCAUUAUAAUCUUAGAUGGGCAUACAGUGACUUGGUUGCUGGUGUAACUGUUGGUGUUGUUUUGGUUCCUCAAUCUAUGUCUUAUGCUCAAUUAGCUGGUUUAGAAGCUCAAUAUGGUUUAUAUUCUUCUUUUGUCGGUGUUUUCAUUUACUCAUUCUUUGCCACUUCUAAAGAUGUUUCUAUUGGUCCUGUUGCUGUUAUGUCCUUACAAGUUUCUAAAGUCAUUGCUCAUGUUCAAGGUAAAUUUGGUGAUCAAUAUGCUGCUCCUGAAAUUGCUACUUUCUUGUCAUUAAUCUGUGGUGGUAUUGCCGCUGCUAUUGGUGUAUUGCGUUUAGGUUUCAUUUUGGAAUUCAUUUCUAUUCCUGCUGUUAUGGGCUUCAUGACUGGUUCUGCUUUCAGUAUUAUCUCUGGUCAAGUUCCAGGGUUAAUGGGUUACAAUAGUAAAGUCAAUACCAGAACAAGUACCUAUUUAGUUGUUGUUAAUACUUUGAAACACUUACCAGACACUACCAUUGAUGCUACUUUUGGUUUGAUUCCAUUGGUGAUUUUAUAUUUUUGGAAAUGGUUCACUGAAGUUGGUCAAAAAAGAUGGCCAAAAUACAAGGUGUGGUUUUUCUAUAUUCAACAAUUAAGAAAUGCUAUUGUUAUUGUUGUCGCCACUGCUAUUUGUUGGGGUAUUGUUCAUCCAAAGAAAGUUGCUUGGACUGGUUCUGACAGUGAUUUCAAACCACCAAUUAAAACCAUUGGUGAAGUUCCAAGAGGUUUACGUAAUGUUGGUCCAAUGACAAUUCCAGAUGGUAUUAUUGGUGCCAUGGCUUCUGAGAUUCCUGUCUCUACUGUUAUUUUGUUAUUGGAACACAUUGCCAUUGCUAAAUCUUUUGGUAGAAUUAAUGAUUAUAAAGUUGUUCCAGAUCAAGAAGUUAUUGCUAUUGGUGUUACUAACUUGGUCGGUACUUUCUUUAACGCUUAUCCAGCCACUGGUUCAUUCUCCAGAUCCGCCUUGAAAGCUAAAUGUGGUGUUAAAACUCCAUUGGCUGGUAUUUUCACUGGUGCUGUCGUUUUGUUAGCUUUAUAUGCUUUGACAUCUGCUUUCUACUAUAUUCCAAAAGCUACUUUGUGUGCAGUUAUUAUUCAUGCUGUCUCCGAUUUGCUUGCAAGUUAUAAAGUUACCUGGUCAUUCUAUAAAAUGAGUCCUAUUGAUUGUGGUAUCUUUUUAAUUGCUGUUAUUUUAACUGUUUUUGUCACCAUUGAAGUUGGUAUUUACUUUGCCAUUGCUGCUUCUGUUGUUAUCUUAUUGUUCAGAGUUGCCAAACCACAAGGUCUUUUCUUGGGUAAAGUCAAAGUUGCUGAAGUUGUCAAUCCUGUUAUUGAACAUAUUGGUGAUGAAUCCGAUGAAAAUGAUACUACUACUUCUGAAAUCGCAAGUGCCAACUCAAGUGAUGAAUUGGAAAUCCAUCAAGUCUUAUCCAAGAGUGAAAAAUCUGAUCCAGUUAAGGAUAAAUCAAAGAAGUUGAAUUAUAAAAACGUCACUAAAUCUCUUGAUGUUACCACAGCUGCUUUGGCUAGAAACAAUCCAGAAAUCAAAUUCCAUACACGUUGGGUUCCAAUUACGAAAGAAAAUAUCAAUGCUGGAAUUAACGUUCAACAACCACCACCAGGAGUUAUUGUUUUCAAACCAGUCGAAUCAUUCACAUAUCCAAAUGCAUCUCAUCAAGUUGAUAGAGUAUCUGAUCAAGCUAAAAAACUUACAAGAAGAGGAAAACCAUUCAAUUAUUCAUCUGUGGGUUCUAGACCUUGGAAUGAUCCAGGUCCAUUGAAAUGGAACUUGCCUUGGAAAAAGAAGAAUGCUGAAGAAGAUGAUGAAAAUGAACCAAAAGAAGACACUCGUCCACUUUUACGUAUUGUUCAUUUUGAUUUCUCCACUGUUUCUUCCAUUGAUGUUACAUCACUUCAGGCAUUGAUUGAUUUGAGAAAGGCAUUAAAUACUUAUGCUGAUCGUGAAGUUGAGUUCCAUUUCUCAGGUAUUUUAAGUCCGUGGAUCAGAAGAGGUUUGUUGAAUGCUGGUUUUGGUACUUAUGAAGAUGGUUUACUUUCUUCUAAUAAUUAUGUCAACAUUGCUGCUGGUUACGAAGAUCUUGAAAAUCAAGUUGAUGAACCAUAUUUUGCUGCCACCGGUACAAAUACACCUUUCUUUCAUUUAGAUAUUCCUGAUUAUUCAUAA